AUGCUGGAAAACCCUAGCACCCAUUCUUUGUCAUCCGCUGCCAACAUCGCAACCAUCAAGCCCUACGCUCAUCCCAAUCAGAGGAAUCGUUCUCUCAGCCGGCGCAAAUCUGGAGGAGAUCGGCUUGAACGAGCAAAUAUAUAUGCAAAUGACGGAGAGAAGAACCAAAAUGCUGGCUCAAAAAAUCUCCCUAUUGUAUAUCAUGGGAAUGAAGGUGGCAACAAUCGUGUUAAUGUGGAUGUUGCUCCACGGUUAAUACCUUUGCAUGGAUGUUGUAACAGUGAAGCAUUUCAGCUUCUUAAUGACCGUUGGAUAGCGGGGAUGGACGCAUACAACAAUCCGUCCAUAGAUUUGGCUGGUGGUUUGGGUUCAAAAAUGUUGAUGGACAUAGCCAAAGGCCACGCAUCAGUACCCACUAUAUUUAUUUGUCUUUGCUCGUCUCCUAGUAGUGGAAGCCUUCCCAAAAGGCCAGUCUUGUAUACAGGAAGUGGUACAUCAGCCUGGGGGAUUGUUAGACUUCCACAUCAGAUGGAUUUCUUGAGUGAACUCCGACAUGCAAUGCGCGAUGCAAAUGCCAGUUCUGAUACCUAA